AUGCUGGAGGUGAAAGUGCAGCACAACUCAGAGUCAGAGUACUUGGCUAGAGAUGGUCCUUCAAGCAACAGCUCCUUCUACAGCAGUGAAGGAGAGGGGACAGACCAUGAGGGAGAUAUUCUGGAUUGCAGCGGGUCCAGGCCUUUACUGAUGGAUUCGGAAGAGGAGGAGGAGACAUGCAGGUUGUGCCCAGGGUUCCUGCAGCCUGUGCCCAGGCACGAGGCCUCCAAAGAAGAUCCCCAGUCCCAGGCCAGAGCAGGGGAGGCGCUGUUCCCAGCCUUCCAGUCACACACCGGGGAGGUUUUUAACGAACCUGAUGUGUUUGCCACUGCUCCUUUCCGAAGCUCCAGGAAGGUGCCUGAUGAAGUGGAUGUCUUUACGAAAGCUCCUUUUAUCUGUAAGGGUAAUGCAGCCCUACGACAUCCAGAGGAAGCAGAUGUGUUUCUGAGAGCCCCUUUCACUAAGAAGAAAAGCAUGGAAGAGCUGACUUCCCACAAGGAGCCAUUCACACCACCCAUUUUCCUGAGCCAAGGAGGCGAUGACCGGGCACAGCCGACGUUCCCGUGCCUGGAUUCAGUAGCUCACGGCUCUGUGGCCUCGGUGAGAGCUCCACAUCCUUCUGCUGGCUUUGCUCAGCCAGGCAAUCUCCAUCCCUGCUCUGUCAGAGCCGUGGAGGCCCAGGAGAGUGUCCCUGCUAAAGCAGCGCUGCCAGAGCAGGGCGACGUGGCUGGCAAGAGGAGCCACGGCCACACGCUGCCCGCGGAUGCCGCGCUGGGCUCCGUGGCCAGCAAGCCUUUCUGUCCACAGUCCCUGUCCAAGUAUUCCCGGCACUACAGUCCCGAGGAUGGGCCGGGCCUCGAGGCCAAGCCCAUAGCUGCUUACAAAGUGGUGUCUCAGACCAACAGACAGGCCAUAGCAGGGUCUGUCUCAGUUGUCCCACUGUCUUCCAGGACUAUGGAGCUGCCCAGCACAGAUCCCUUCGCCUUGGCACCCUUCCCCUUCAAAGCAGCAAAGCAGAAGCCUUAA